CAAGCGAUCAGUUCAAAGUUGAUUUUGUCGCGGACCGGAGCAGACCGUUCUAAUUCCGACACGCGACCGUGAAUUAUAGAAUUAUCAAAUCACGGGCUAAUUUAAUUUAAUAUAUAAAUAAUACUCUAAACAUAUAAUAACUAAAAUGUUCUUAAAAAAGUGCUCUCUUGUUCUGUGCCUGUGGGUGGGCGUUAUCCUUGUCCGGGCCGAACUGGACUUCAACAACGAUCUGGCCAAUAGGCAAAAGUUCAAGAGCAUACCCACUACAGUGAAAACCUAUGAGAACGACACUGUCCUGCUGCCCUGCACCUUGAAUACACCUUUCCGGUAUGUUCGCUGGCACCGGGACGAUCCCCCAGUCCCCCUGGUGGAUUCCAGACAUCCCGAUAUCCCGAAACCGGAUCGCAUCAUGCUCUGGCCCAAUGGAAGUCUACAGGUGUCCAAUGUCCAGUCCAGCGACACGGGCGACUACUACUGCGAAAUGAACUCGGACUCGGGACAUGUGGUCCAACAGCAUGCCAUUGAGGUUCAACUGGCCCCACAGCUCCUUAUCGAGCCCGCUGAUUUCACGGAGCAAAGGAUCGGGGCCACCUUGGAGGUGGUGUGUGAGGCCCAGGGAGUGCCCCAUCCUGUCAUCAGCUGGCGUUUGAACGGAAAUCCCCUACAAGCCCAGACCAGCACCGGAAACAGACAAAGCCUAGUUCUUGAUAUAAAGUCCAGGAACCAGGCUGGGCUCAUAGAGUGCCUGGCCAGCAAUGGAGUGGGCGAGACGGCGGUUGGCAGUGUCUACCUUCAUGUGUUGUUCACACCUGAGGUUAGUGUGUCGCAGGCUGUGGUGUACACCAAACUUGGCGCUCGUGCCCACCUGGAGUGUCUUGUGGAGGCAGCCCCCACAGCCACCGUGAAGUGGUUCCAUCACGGGUUGCCGGUGGCAUUGGGAGCCCACUCCAGCAGUCACGAAUCGGAGGUUCAGGCGAAUCGCUCUCUGGAUCACUACGUGAAUGCAGUCCGUCACCUGUUGGUGGUGAAGAGCGUGCGGAAUGCGGACAUGGGUCAGUACGAGUGCCGAGCCAGUAACCAAAUUGGCUCGAAGAGCGGCAGUGUCGAACUGACUGGUCGCCCGAUGCCCUGCGUGUUCAAAAUCAAUCCCGGAACCCAGAGCUCUACGUCCCACGGGCUGGUGUGGCAAACGGAGAGCCUGCUGCCCAUUAUGGAGUUCAAGCUGAAGUUCCGGCAGAUUCCCUCAAACAAUGCCACUCGGUCCCUGCGAACCAACUGGACAGAGCUGACGAUACCGGCUCAGGCCACCAAUGGACUCAUCUACAUCACCACUUAUACGCUACAUGGCCUGCACCCUGCCAGUCUUUACGAGGUGUCGGUCUUGGCCAGAAACAGCUUUGGCUGGAGUGAUAAUAGCAAGAUAGUACGCUUCGCAACGGGUGGUGAAGUGGAACUGCCCAAUUACUCAACGGAAUCGGAGCUACAAGAAGACUUUGGUGAUGAAGACUUCCACAAUGAAAUCACCCAAAGAUCAGAGGUUUUGUCAGCCAGCAUGAUGUACAACUCGGGUUCGAUAUGUGGGCACGAUAUCAGUUUAUUAAUUUAUUCCCUAUGUCUAAUAAAAUUAUUUAUAGUCUUGAGUUAGGUUUAUCUAUAAAAAAUAUACAAAUUUUGUACUGAACACGAGUUACACACUAAACCAAAUAAAAACACCUUUUCAUAUAAA